AAAGAAGAAAAAGUAGCAGGAUGGGGUGAAUAAAACCGAAACCGACCUAGAAAGAAAAUAAAAAGCCUUUUAGGGAAUCAAUCUUUGUCUCAAUUUUACUCUCAUCGCCAAACCAUGAUAGGCAGGAAAAUCCCAGGCGCCGGAGACAGCAAAUCUGCUAAGGCUGAGGAGAGCGAUAGCGAGGAGAUCGACGAUAUUUUUGAAGGACUCAAAAUAUGGGCAUCGAACACGAGGAGUGCAAAGAGAGCAAGGAGAGCAAAAAGAGCAAGAAGAGCACGACGCGGCCGGAGAUAUGCUAGCAAGGUCAAGUUCUGGAAAGUAAACGCACCUUCUAUAAUUCUACCCGUGGCAAUAAAACCAGAGACCGUCACUAUUCCUGGCAAAAAUGGUGCUGAUCCUGUUAAUAUCUCCUUUCUCGAUUGUUCAGUCCCAUAUAAGCCAAAGAUCCGCAGAGGCCCCUGGCCGGAAAUACCCCUUUCUUAUGAUGUGAAUGGUAUUGAUUCCGUGUUGAAGUUCAUUCUUGGAGGUUGUGAUCCAAGUGGUAGCAAGGUCACCGAGGUGAGGAAAGCAGAGCGUUCACCUGCUGGGCCUUCACAUGGUAACAAGGUCAUGGCCGGGAAAGCGAAAUGUGCACCUGCUGGGCCUUCACUUGAUUCGGACAGUCCCCUCCUAACGGCUUAAGAUAUUCAUGUGAAGUAGUGGUUUGUGGUUUCUGAUGAUGUUAAUGUUGCUGCGGCUGUGUGUUUUGAGGUGAAGCGUUGCUCUGUUUACAUUUCCCAGUCUGAGAAAGUUCUCUGGACGGAUAUAUGUAUUUCUGGUUAAUGUAAUAUAUAGGGGGUGAAACUGUCAUCCCAACAACACCCACCCCCCCCCCCCCCCCCCCGCGACUAGUACAUCCCUUCUUUUACAAGCCAGACUACAUGUCAUCUCUUUUUAUCUCCAUGACAGUAUAUAGCUUUAUAUAGUUUAGCAAUGAGAGAGAUUUGGUUUUGCAAAAUUUGCCAUGUUUUGUUAGCAUUGUCAAAUUAAAAAGAUGUAAAUCUUUGAGGCUCAUAUCGCCUCACAUUGGGGAAUGUAAAGUCAUUCCUGAGACUGCUAAUGAAUUUUAUCUCACCGAAA